AUGACGGAGUUCGUUAGUGAGAAAGAAACCCCGAGCCUGUACAAUCUCUCUUACGAUGACGAGAAUGUCCCUCAACGCGAACUCACGGAUUUCAUGGUCACCACUGGCGACGAUAAGGUUUCUAUAUGCUGCUUGGACGAUCGCCGCUCUACUGAUGGUGAUGUCAUCGCACGCGGUUCCGUCCUCGCCAACGGCAAGUCUCUCCGCGUCAAAACUGCGCCCCUGAUUGAAUGGUGUAUCGAGUAUGGCAACACUCCUCACUUGUGGGUCAGAAGUGCUGCCGUUUGGUAUCGCCUCACGAAGCCUGCGAAGGAGUAUGCAAGGACCCAUGAACUCGCCCGCAGGCGCUUUGAGCUCUGCUCCCGAAUUUUCAUUCUCGGCACAACCAUGUCAUCCAAGGAGACUACGUACAAUAUGAUCACCUCCUUAUUGCAAGCUCCGUAUCUCAAAAUGAAGGGCUACUCAGAGAAAGAACUUCUCUCUGAGAAGGACUUCAUACUUGCUCAGAUUAAAAACCUUAAUGACCCGGCGCUCGCCGCUAUGACUUUCAUCAAGGAACUGCGGGACAAGCAACCGGGUAUGGGGAAGAAAUUGGGGCUCUCCAAGAAAAAUUCCUCAAGUUCUUUGAGUAUUGGGUCAGGAUCCACCCCAUCAUACCUAGGGGAGUGGACGCCGUCGGGUAAUCUAGACAGGGAAGGGAACACUCGCUUGCUGAAGCGGGCAGAGAAGGCCCUUAAUCAGAUCUACAAACAAAAGAACGCAUGGCCGUUCCGCGACCCUGUCAACCCGAAGACGGAUGGAUGCCCAGACUACCUCGACAGAAUCCCACACCCCAUGGACUACGGCACAAUCAAAGCAAAAUUUACGAAAGGCGCAUACUCUACUGCUCUAGAUGUUGCCAAAGAUGUGCGGCAAGUGGCAACCAAUUGCCGUGAAUACAACGGAAACUCCCAUGAGUUCGCCAUUUCAGCAACUGAGCUGGAACAAAAGUUUGAGAACUUAAUUCGUGGGGGCGAAGAUGCGGAGCUGGCCGCAAUGAAUAAGAGGCUUGCUAGUAAGAAGCGGAAGGCUGCUGAGUUGCCACCAUCAGGGAAGGGAUCUGGCAAGAAAUCAUUGAAGCAUGCUCGGAAGAACAGUAAAUCGAGCAGUCUUGAUGUCUCACCAUCACGAGAUUCAUCAGUGAAAGGAUCAGAGUCAUCUUCGGCUCAGAAACCGUGUGCCCGGACAAACCCUGAUGUCUGUGAGAAGUUCCAGAUUGCUGGCAGUAAGUAUUGUUCAGAUGAGUGUGGACUACUUGUAGCAAGGAAGAGAGUCGCAGAAAUGAGCAAAGCCGGAUACUCUGUGGAGGAGUAUGUCAAAUCAUGUUUGACUAAGGCCCUAGUACACAGCCGAAGUUAGAGUCUUACAUGUCGUUAUGCUUACCCUGACACAAAAUAACAACAAACGUGACUUUUUUACA